AUGGCCUGUCUGAUGGCCGCCUGGUCCGUCCACAACCCCACCGUCACCAACUCCAUCAUCAUGAACACCAACGGGCCCCCGGACCUGAUGUUGGACCCCCGGACGGUGUGCGUUUGUAUGGACGAGGUGGUCAACAAGUGGCCGGUGGGCAGCCAGCAGACGCCGCUGCUGCAGGUGCACCUGAAGAAGGUGGACAACAACCUGACGGAGGCCCAGAGGUUCUCCUCGUUACCACGGAGACCGGCGGUCAACAUCGAGUUCAAGGACGUGUCGUACUCGGUCAGAGAGGGACCCUGGUGGAGGAAGAAAGGUUACAAGACGCUGCUCAAAGGGAUCUCUGGGAAAUUCACCAGCGGGGACUUGGUGGCCAUCAUGGGACCGUCCGGAGCCGGCAAGUCCACCCUCAUGAACAUCCUGGCCGGGUACAGGCAGACCGGGAUGAAGGGGGAGAUCCUGAUCAACAGUCAGCCCAGAGACCUGCGAUCCUUCAGGAAGGUUUCCUGUUACAUCAUGCAGGACGACAUGCUGCUGCCCCACCUGACCGUCCAGGAGGCCAUGAUGGUUUCAGCGAACCUGAAGCUGCAGGAGAAGGUGGAGGCUCGGAGGGAGAUGGUCCGGGAGAUCCUGAUGGCGCUGGGGUUACUGGAAUGUGCAAAAACCAGGACGUCUCACCUGUCGGGGGGUCAGAGGAAGAGACUGGCCAUCGCUCUGGAGCUCGUCAAUAAUCCACCGGUCAUGUUCUUCGACGAACCCACCAGCGGUCUGGACAGCUCGUCUUGUUUCCAGGUGGUCUCUCUGUUGAAAGCUCUGGCUCGGGGGGGACGGACCGUCAUCUGUACGAUCCACCAGCCGAGCGCCAAACUGUUUGAACUCUUCGACAAGCUCUACGUUCUCAGUCAGGGUCAGUGUAUCUACAGAGGAAAAGUCUCCAGUCUGGUCCCCUACCUGAGAGACCUCGGACUCAACUGCCCCACAUACCACAACCCGGCUGACUUUGUGAUGGAGGUGGCGUCCGGAGAGUACGGAGAUCAGAUGAUCCGAUUGGUCAAAGCCGUCCAGGACCGGAAGUGUGAGAUGGACUGUCAGACUGAACUGAACGGAGACGCUAACCUCCACCCACUCCUGUGGCAGCGCACAGAGGAGGAGAGCUCGUCGUCUGAAGGCUGUCACAGUUUCUCGGCCAGCUGCAUGACUCAGUUCUCCAUCCUGUUCAGAAGAACGUUCCUCAGCAUCCUCAGAGACUCGGUGCUGACUCACCUGAGGAUCUCCUCUCACAUCGGGAUUGGUGUUCUGAUUGGUCUGCUGUACCUGGGCAUCGGGAACGAGGCCAAGAAGGUUCUCAGUAACUCGGGGUUCCUCUUCUUCUCCAUGUUGUUCCUCAUGUUUGCUGCUCUGAUGCCCACAGUGCUCACAUUUCCCCUGGAGAUGGGAGUUUUCCUGAGGGAACACCUGAACUACUGGUACAGUCUGAAGGCGUAUUACCUCGCCAAGACGAUGGCUGACGUCCCCUUUCAGGUAGUAUUCCCGGUGGUGUACUGCAGUAUCGUGUACUGGAUGACGGCUCAGCCUCCAGACGCCGGGCGGUUCUUCCUCUUCCUGUCUCUGGGAGUUCUGACCUCUCUGGUGGCUCAGAGUCUGGGUCUGCUGAUCGGAGCCGCCUCCACCUCGCUGCAGGUGGCAACGUUUGUCGGCCCGGUCACGGCGAUUCCUGUUCUGUUGUUCUCGGGGUUCUUUGUCAGUUUCGACACCAUUCCCUGGUACCUGCAGUGGAUGUCCUACAUCUCCUACGUCAGAUACGGGUUCGAGGGCGUCAUCCUGUCCAUCUACAGUCUGGACCGCGAGGAUCUUCACUGUGAUGAAGACGACACGUGUCACUUCCAGAAGUCUGAGGCCAUCCUGAAGGAGCUGGACAUGCUGGACGCCAAACUCUACCUGGACUUCAUCGUCCUCGCCAUCUUCUUCUUCUCUCUGAGGCUCAUUGCGUACUUUGUCCUCCGCUACAAGAUCAGUGCUGAGAGGUAGACCAGGACCAGGACCAGGACGAGGAGAAGAUCUCAGUGUCGUCAGAUGGGCUUUAGGACAAAAACCUUUAGGCCAAAGUUAGCGUGUAGCUGUGGAGUGUCUACAUGUGAACACUGAAUCUACUUUGGGACGAGGUGAGGACAUGUCAGGUCCUGCAGGACUCAGGAGCUGGUCUCCUGAGUUUUAACUGUGCCACAGAACUGGAGAACACCUGUUUUCAUGUACGCUUUUCAGAAUAAAAGCCUGUGCAGACUCUGGACUCACGAUUCGGUCCGUCUCAGGACGGAGAUGACAUUUAUAUUCAUUUAGUUUUUAUCUGAGGUGAAGACACUUUGUCCACCCAAACUCUGUAUCCAAACUGUUCAUGACUAAACGAAUAAACAAUUUAAUUACUCCCACAAGACUGACACAUUUAUUGAUCAACAGCUCCCAGUACUGGGUCAUGUUGAAACUUUUUGGACCCACAACGUCUAACAGAAACACACAAAUGACACAAACUGCCACUUUCAUUAAAUACAAAUGUCAAACUAUUUUCACUUUGUCAUUAUGAGGGUAUUGUGUGUAGAAUUUAAUCCAUUUUGGAAUAAAACUGUAACAUAACGUGGAAAACGUGAAGCGCUGUGAAUACUUUUCAGAUGCAGUGUAACCAAAGACACAGUCAAAUAUAA